GCCCCUUCUGCUGACGUCUUUCCUCUCUAUCACACAUCAGACUUUUCCCAGUGGAGCUGGAGAACAGGCUUCAAUGAAAACUGCCUGUUUGCAGCUACAUGGAGAUUGCAGGCACCACAAUUACUAUUUCCUCUCCCUGACCUGGAGCAGCAACUCCAUCAGCAGGAUAGAAAGGUAGCCUUGUUGCCUAGCAAAGGUGGGAUGAUUUAUCUGUGUGUCUAGAUUGGUCCCUUUUCUUUGCUGCACAAGAGAAUUUGCUUUCAGACUUCCAAGGAGAAUGAAGCCAGGCUAGAAACCGGAGUGGAUGUGGGAGAGCUGCUCUCCCAGGGAGUAGAAAGAACCACAGGGUCUCUGUGCUUUCUGUUCCUGUGAAGCGCAGGACAAUGGUUUUGUCUGCUCCAGUUAUAGCCCUGGGGGCUACCUUAGGGACUGCAACUAGCAUCCUUGCCCUCUGCGGUCUCACCUGCUUCUGCAAAUGCAAGCAACCUGGGAAAGGACUCUCAGAAAAGGACCAAGAGGAGGAGACGGAAAAUACUAAGCCCAGUGUGCUUCAGCCAGUCCAGCAAUUCAACGUGAAGAAAACCGCAGAGCCAGUCCAGCCUCGAGCACUUCUGAAGUUUCCCAACAUUUAUGGCCCCAAACCAGAAGUAACUUCACCCGAAAUUGUUAACUACACACAGUACUCUCUGAAGACAACAGAAGAACCAGCUACUGGGAAGCCUAAUGCUUUGGAUGAGAAUAGGAUGAAGAUACAAGUCAAUGAAGAGCUGUUUGUUCUCCCUCAAAACGUUCCAGGUGUGGUAAAGGACGUGUGUGUCACGGAGCACCUGAAGCCCGAGCGGGCAGCCAGCGGUAGCCAGGUGCCCGAGCUGCACUACUCGCUGGGCUACGACCCGCAGCAGGCCGAGCUGCGCGUGGCCCUCCUGCAAGCUAUGCAUGGCAGAAUGAGUGGGGACCAAGAUGCUGGCUGCCACUGCUACAUACUGGGCACACUGGAGAGCAAGGCUGGUAUUGCUGAGGCCCAGACAGAGCUGAAGAAGAAAGUACUUCACACCCUUUGGGAGGAGGUGCUGCGAUUCCCAUUAACAGAGGAGGAGAUGCCAGGAGGGACACUGACCCUCACUCUGAGGAACUGUGACAAGUUCUCCAGGCACAGCAUUGUGGGGGAACUCAAACUGAACCUUGCUGAAAUGGAGGAAUCCUUUGGGAAGGCCCAGUGGGAAAGGCUAAAGAGCCCAGAGAAGGAGCCAUCCACAGGCCAUGGGGAGGUUCUGCUCUCUAUUAGCUAUCUGCCAGCAGCCAAUCGUCUGCUGGUGGUGAUUAUUAAGGCUAAAAACCUUCAUUCCAAGCAGCUGAAGGAUCUACUUGGCAGUGAUGUUUCUGUCAAGGUGACACUGAGGCAUCAGUCACUGAAGCUGAAGAAGAAGCAGACCAAACGUGCAAAACACAAGAUCAACCCUGUGUGGAAUGAGAUGAUCAUGUUUGAGGUGCCUCAUGAGCUCCUGCGUGCCUCCAGCGUGGAGCUGGAAAUGCUGAGCCAGGAUGGAGCUGGCCAGAGCCAUGUGCUCGGCAAGUGCAGUCUGGGCUUACAAGUCACAGGCACAGAGAGGAACCACUGGGAAGAAAUGCUGAGGAACCCCAGGAAACAGAUAGCCAUGUGGCACCAGCUCCACAUGUAGGCUCAUCAUGAUUACUGACAACAAGAUUCCCAUCAGGCCUCAGAACCUGGGGGAAUAAAUUGGAUUUCACCUUCCACCUUCACCUCCAUGAAAUUGCCCAGCACAGCACUCUUACUAUACCACCCUUCUCCGACCUUCCUGCCCAUUCUAGCCCAGGAAACUGUCUGGAAAACAUAUUUAAAGGACAAUCUCUCACCUAAUCAAGAGGUUGUCUCCAACAAGGAGUUGGCUGCCUGGAUGGUUUGAAUUAAUUUUAUUUGCCUGCCCACUGUCUUGUUUGAGAGGUCCCUGUUUCUGUAGAGGAGCAGAGAGGAGCAAUGAAAAGCAAAAUUAUGACGGAAAUGUAAACCCUUCCUUGGCACCUAGUGCUGUCAGCCCAGUCCCUUGAUGAGCAUUGGCUCCAUGAUCACAAACACACAACUGUUUUAUCAAUUACUGCUUUUCAUAAAUACAAGACUGAGAAAUGAAGACCAGAGAACUGACUGUCAUGGCAAGCACAAAGAAUCAGUAUGAAAAACAGAGUGGAGCCAAAGUACAGUAAAUGGAUAGAAAAAGAUACAGAAUGCAGAGAACAGAGGAAGAAGAAAGGGAGAGGCAGCCAACACCCUCAUCCUGUGCAGCCUUUGAAAAAAACACUGCCAAACAAGAAGUCAAAUACCUUCCUUUACUUUUGUUUCCUGGAGAAUUUGAUUCCUUGUAUUUAAGAUUCAUGAAAACUGCUGAAAACAUGAAUGUUUCAUGACUCUUUAGCAGAAUACCUAUAUCGUUUAUCUUUCUAUGGUGUCAUCCAGGAAGAUCCUAAAUAUGGACAAAAAGUUAUUGUUGAUGUUACCUCCAAAAACUUGGACCAAAUUUUUACUGCCAUCGUUUCUGUUUGGGUUUUCCCCAAGUUUCAAAUAUGCUAAUUAUAUUCCAGGAAACAUCUAAAAUUAGGCAAAAGAAGUGGGAUCAUUCCAUACCUUAGCAGCUGAUAGAUGGUUUUGGUUUGACAAUUAACUGUUGCACUCAAAUCCUCAUACCAGCAUUACUCAAAGACAACCCUAAUUAACUGCCAUGUAUUUCAUCAUGUCCAGACAGAAGGAAUUCACCAACCAGACAGACUCUCCAGCGCUUGUUUUUCGUGUGCACUUUCAAGAUUUGAUGUGGUGUAAAUGUUACUUUUGACUGUCCUUUUUUUUUGUGUCUCUAGAGGGACUGAAAGUCUGGCAUUGGCAGUGAUGAUGUCAUGACCCUAUAAGCACACUGGUUGUCCUACUACUUUUUUUCAAGUAAUGGACACAACUUUAAGUGACUUCCAUGGAGACAAGGCAUCCAAAAAUCUGGAAACAGAACCAUAUCAUUUGUAGCCCUGAAAAUCUCAGAGAGCUUCAUAUUUGCAGGGUCAGAUUGCCCCUUGUUUAAAUCAAAAUAUUAAGCUAAACUUUGCCUAGUAUCCAUCCCAUUCUGGUGGUACAGUCAAAUAAGGCUAGCAGCUUGUCAAGGGAAGGCUGCCAUCCUGUCGGCAAAGGGAAAACACCUUUGGAGCACCAAGCACAAUGGAUUAUGAAGAGGGAAAUGAAGUUCAGCUGGAAGUCAGUGAUUAGUGACUGGGGCUGGUUGUGAGACUGACAGAGUUUAGCACCCUCAUAAAUGACCUAGACAAUGGUGCAGAGCAUGGCCUCAGCAGGUUUGUAGAUGAUGCAAAACUAUGAGUAGUGAUUGAUACACAAGGCUGUUGUGCUGACAAUGAGAGGGAUGCUGAGAGAAAUGCUGGAGUAAUGGGCUAACAGGAACGUCCUCAAAUGCAACAAGAAGUGGAAAGUCCUGCACCUGAGGAAGAACAACUCCUUGCAGUGCAGGGGUAAAGGCCAACCAUCCAUAAAGGAGCUUUCCAGAAAAGGACCUGUGUGUCCUGAUGGACACCAAGUUGAACAUCAACCAGCAGUGUCAUCUUGCAGCAGAGAAGGACAACAGUGCCUUGUGCUGCAGUAAGCAAUGCCAGCAGGUCAAAGGAGGGUGAUCCUUUCUUCAACUCAAAGUGCCCAGUGAGGGCACUUCUGGGUGCUGUGUCUGUUGCUGGACUCCCCAGUGCAAGAAAGAUAUGGAGUUUCUGGAAAGAGUGCAGCAAAUGGCCAUGAAGAUGUUUAAGGGACUGGAGCAUCUUCUGUAAGAGGAGGGGCUGAGAGAGCUGGAACUGUUCAGAUCAAUGUGUACAGAUACCUGACCUGGGAGAGGACAAAAGAAGAUGGAAAGAGACUCUUUUCACUGGUGUCCAGUGACAGGACAGGAGUAAAGGUCACAAGCUGUAUUGUAGGAAAUUCUAUUUGAGCAUAUGAAAAAUACCAAGAAUAAAACCUUUUUGUACUGUGAGUAUAAUCAAAUAUUGGAAACAAGUUGGCAGGAGAGGUUGUUGGGGCUCCUCAUGCUUGGAGACAGUGAAAAUUUGAUGUGAUACAGCAUGAACAACCUGCUCUAGUUUAUCCCACUUAGAGCAGGGGUGAGUUUGGACAAUAUGAUCUCCAGAGGCCCUUUAUAUCCUCAGCAAUGCUAUGAUUCUGUGAAGAAACUAACAAGGUUGAUGCACACUGAAAGCUGCUAACUUUACACUACUAUUUCUUUUGUGGGUAGUGUACCCAGGUAAGCUACAGGAUCAUUUUGAAGAAAUCAAUAAAAUCAGCUCUGAGCAACCAGACAGACAAAAAAGCCAAGCAUGCCCAUGAAUCUUACACCAAAUAUUUUAAUCUCUGAUUUUGAUCUAUUGGCUAGAGGGCAUGUAAACAAAAAGAAAAUUGAUUUCUUGUUUUGCUCUAUGGGGUUUUUUUGCUAACAAAAAGCUGUGAGUAAACUGGAGACGGGGGACUAGUUGAUAGUGAAUUCUUAAUGCUUACUGUGAUCCUGAUUUGCCUGUAGAUACACCUAUAGGUUUUUGAAUAAUCAUUGCCAUGUAAGUGCAGAAUUUAUUGGAAUGUUGGCCUAACCCACUUAUAGGUUCCAGGCAGCACUGUGAUUUUUUUGGGGAUAAUGAUAAGAAGGAUAACUUCACGGUAUGAUGCUAUUUGGCUGGCAUUGGAGAGCCUGAAGGGGCAAAUACUUGCCUUGCUGCCAACUCCUCUGGUUCUGCAUCCUGCUUGUUUCACUGAGCCUUUUAUAACAUCUUGAUGACUGAUUGUAAACAGCAUUAUCUGCCUGUGCCCUGGUGAUUCUGGCACACCCUGUAAUAGAUAUCAGUCCUAUGGCAUUUAAAAGCAUAGAUCCACAGAAUCCGACGGCUCUGGCAAAACAAUGUCCUGUUUUUACAGCAGACAAAUGCAGUAUACACACUACUUAACCACAAAUCCGUCUUAGGAGCAAAGUGGUGCCAUCAGUGUUAAUGAACGGCAUUGUUUCCUCCUUUGCUGCAGUGAGAUUUAAUGGGAAAGAGAGAAAAUGCAUACAUCUUCCCCGGAAGGACCAUUCUUGCUGUCUGGCAUUUUAGCCUGCAAAGAAUGCCCCUGGCCAUCGGCACAGCCCGAACAAAGGCUGCCAGGUGUGGGCGGGAGGAGGCAGCCGCUGGCCGGGGCUGACAGCGGGCACGUAGCGGGGACCAGGAAUGCUGUGUACGUGUGGUGGCCGAGGGGCAGGGACAGCCAGCCGUGCCUUGUGAGCCCUGCCAGCAGGAGCUGGGUGUCACCGCAUUCCAGCGGCCGCGCAAGCCCUGCCCUCGUCUGCCUGCGUGUCCCUGAGCCUCAGCACCCCAAGGACACAGGGGCUGAACUGGCCCAGCAGGCGAAUGGCCGGGAAUGGUUGUGGUAGGUGGCAACGUCGUGAAGAUAAAUCCGAGGUAUUUGGAAAUGCCAUUGUAUUAAGAGAUUUCAGCAACUUGAGCUGUCAAAGCGUCGCUGAAGUGCACUAAGGACGGAGCCAGACAGACCUUCGGUUUUCAGCUCCUGAAGCUGAAAAUGCAGGAGCAUCAGCAAGCACCACUGUGUAUUAAAUUUAAGGAUGCUGCUUAUAAAUUACAUCAUAAGAGAAGAAGCAAAAAACAAAACAAACAAACAAAACAAUGGGAAUGAAUGUUCCUGAUAUAUGUGUGACCAAAAGCAGCCACAAGAGUCCCCAGUGGCUAGUUAGUGGCUGGACUGGUUAUUUUGCCUGCUGUAAGCAUUAACAUGAAGAAGCUGGAAGCCAAGAGACUGUAGGGAAUAAGGAAGGAGAAAAGAAAGAAACUUGGUCAGAAUGAAUGAUCCUUUUCUCUAAAGGCUAGAAUUGUGAGUUUAAGGACAGGGACUCACAGUCCCUCAUCCAGUGAUAAAGCCCAAACAACCACAUUACUGUAAAACAGCCUGAAAAAUGCAGCUUCCGUAUAUUUUCCAGCUUUGACUGGGAAAGAUGGUCUCCUGAGGCAGCCUCUGCUCAGAGGAGGGGGCUGAGAGGCCAGAGGAAAUGACCUGUGACUACACUGAGUUCCUUUGUUAAAAUAUAGACUGUAGCCAUCUGUUGUUUUGCCUCAACUUGCCCUCAAAGCUAGAUCUUCCUCCUCAAAAAAUUAUCUAGUUUGAUUUUAAGCAAUUUGUCCUACAGUAGAGGAUUAAUAAGCACAAAUCAUCAAUAGUCACUAAAAUAUCUGGGAUGUUUUAGCCUCAUUACUACCCUCAGCACCCUUCCCCAGUUGUAAGGGGACUUGUUACAGCUGGUGCCCUGUAAGGGGAACAUUUUUGCAGUGCAGGGUCUUCCCCUCAGUUGUUGUCCCAAAUAUCCUUGCAUGGUAAUAAGAAACAUGUUUGCUUUGCAAAGAGGUAAUACAUCAUAAAGCAAUGGAAAAUUCCCUUCAACAGGACUGGGGAAAAUUUUCAGGCUCAACUAUUCUCCCAGGUACUGAUGGGCUUUCAACACCUUGAACAGCUGUACCUUGUAUUUUGCUAGCAUCUGUCAUCAGUAUUAUCUGGCAGUAGCAUUCAAAACCACUCUUUUUUUUUUCCCCCAAAAUGAAGUAGGUUGUUAUUUUGGCUCUAGAAUUACAGCCCAAGGUUUGCCCAAAUUUUCCUGAUGUUGAAGAUGAAUUGACUACAACGACAUUUAAUAAGAACUGGAAGCUAAAGUGGCUUGGAUCAUGCUUCUUGCACUCUUUUGAAGGUCAGUUUGAAGUCUGAAUUGAAGGACAGAGCAUUGACAGCAUUUUUAUGUGUUUCAGAAUUUAACUAGGUAUUAAAAUGUAUUUGGUUAAUUUGUUGCAAGAUAAGCAUGAUGAGUAAAUAGUAACACUCAACACUUCAUAUUAUUUCUUCUGUUUUCAAUAUGCACAAGAAAAGUAGCAAAGUGAAAUAGUGAUUUGUGGCCUUCCAGCAUGAGGGGGCUUUUCUGUUUACUUGGUCCUUUAGUGUCCCAGUGUGUUUAUUGUACAGAGCCAGAUAUUGUUUGUCAAGACUCUAUAUUGUUCUCACAAUCCAAUGCACAAAACCAGAGCAUGAUGCUCAGCCAUUGUGUCUAAUAUUACAGCACAACAUGUUAAACACUGCAAGUAAAUAAUUCCAAGCUGUACCAA